AUGGCUGUGUCGCGAGACGCUGUCCCCGCGCUGUCCGAGUGCCAGUGCCCGAUCUGCAUGGAGAUCCUGGUGGAACCCGUGACCCUGCCCUGCCGCCACACCCUCUGCAACCCGUGCUUCCGAGCCACCGUGGAGAAGGCUAGCUUGUACUGUCCCUUCUGCCGCCGUCGGGUCUCCUCGUGGACGCGGUACCACACCCGAAGAAAUUCCCUGAUCAACGUGGAGCUGUGGGACCUGAUCCAAAAACACUACCCCGCGGAGUGCAAACGCAGAGCUUCGGGGCAGGAGUCGGAGGAGAUCGCAGGUGAGGCCUGUCAGCCAAUUCGUUUGUUAAGUCAGCCUGGGGAACUGAGGCGAGAAUACGAAGAGGAAAUAUGCAAGGUGGAGGCUGAGCGACGAGCUAGUGAGGAAGAAGAGAACAAAGCCAGUGAAGAGUACAUACAGAGACUGCUGGCAGAGGAAGAGGAAGAAGAAAGGAGGCGGGCCCAGAAAAGGCGAAGCGAGAUGGAGGAGCAGCUGAAAAGCGAUGAAGCGCUGGCCAGAAGGCUGAGCAUUAACAUUAAUAAUUUCCAUGAGAAAAGUGUCUUGGCUUCUCCAUCGAAUUCCAGAAAAUCUGAUCCAGUCACAGCCAAGUUGCAACCGAAAAAUAAGAAUAAACAAACAAACAUUGGAGAUAUACAGAAGUAUUUGUCACCUAAAUCUCAGUUUGUGUCAUCAUCACAGUCUGCAACUGGACAGGAAGUCAGGAGGAACUCCAUCUCUAAGGAAGUGGGCAGUAAUGAUUCCAAGAGCCCUGGGUGGCAAGACGUGGAAGCUGAAGAUAGGCCAGCACUUUCUCCACAAAUGUGCCUUGAGAUUCAGCAGCCAAGUGCGAGGUCUUCAAUGGACUCGGCUAUGCCGCGCCCCUGUGCCUACGAUGCAGAUCAGUGCCUUGAAAGCAAGGUCAAGACAAGGUCACACAAUCAUGAUGGAGAGUUGUGUGUUGCAAAUCAUGCAAGCCCAAAAGCCACAGUUCCCUCUGAAGCAAUUUCUGCUGAGUUUGGGGACAAAGCAGGAAAUGGGGGCUCUCUGCCUGGUGGGACCCACUUGACUGCCGACAGCACAGCUGAGACAGAAAAUGAGGAGGCUGGUCUACUGCUCAGCAAAGAUGUUUCCAAAAGAAAACACCUGGAACCUGCACCUGAAACAGCCAGGGGUGCCGCCUGCUCUGUGAAAAGGAAGAAAAUGUUCCCCAACUCUUCUUCCAGUGAAGAGGAAACAGAAAGAAAUUUUACCCAAAAACUGAUGGAUUUGGAGCAUCUACUUUUUGAGAGACAUAAGCAAGAAGAACAGGACAGGUUAUUAGCUUUGCAGCUGCAGGAGGAAGAAGAAAAAGAACAAAAGAGCCGGCAGAACGGCUCCCAUAAGGAAUACGAGCUCCGAGCAGCAUCCACGGCUCCCAGCAAACCCUGGAGCACACAGACGGCGGCUCUGGGGCAGGCGGAGACAGCUGGAGAUCACAACCCCAAAAGGCAGCCUACCACCAAGCAUCCCAGAGCUCAGAGGGGCUCAAGAGAUGAGAACCGGCAACCUUUUAAAGUCCAGCCCAGGCCUUCAGAUAACAAAAAAAAGAUGCCAAAGUCCAGCAGAGAUCACCGCAGUGUUGCUAGAAGUGCUCAGUCCCUGCUGCCUCGCGACUCUCAGAAAAGUAUCUUUGAGAUGUUUCCCAGGUGUGCGAAGUAGAGCCUGGGCAGAGCAUUUGGGAGUCCAGGAAGCCAGGUUGGGUGGUGCUUUUCUCUGCCACGGAAUCGACAUGGCCCUGUCCUGAGGUCCUGCCCGUGGGACGCACACACCGUCUUGGAUGGCGUGAGAGAGCAUUUGUGUUUCUUCGAAGCUCUGGUGAGCAAGGGCCCUCUCCACCGUCAUCGGUUUGGCCGCCCUUCUGGCGGUGGGAGAAUCCCUUGGCCCGGCAUGAGACUUCAAGAGCCAUUCUCUUUCCAAGAAGUGGGUAUUUUAUGCGUUUCUUUCAUGGUCUUAGUGAAGAUUAAUCCUAGCAGGAUCAUGCGACAGCAAAUAGUUCUAGGGAAUAUGUGGGAUUUGCAAUCUAGAUUCUUGUUGCUUUCCCUUACCUUUACUUAAAAUGCACCUGUCAUAACACUAAAGCGAUUCUGUCUGUGAUUUAAGUAAAUAAGUGUUACAGUAUUUCCUUUGAUUUAAAAUGGAUUAGGACUAGUGUUAAAUCAGAGUUUUCUAGAAAAUUGAAACUCAGUUUACAGAAAGCAGAGUAGAUUGUUUACAUGAAGGAGUUAAUGCUGGGGCGAGGCUGUGUGGAGUGACCAACCAAGCACAACGGAGCACCUGUCUUUUGACUGAACAUUCUCCAUAUCCGUCCUCUGCUAAACAAGUUUUUGUAGCUUUUCACACUAUAGUGUUCGGUGUCAGAAUCAAAAUUAGUAGCCAGGUAUGGGGCGCAGACAGGUGUGGUGGCACAUGCCUGUAACCCCAGCACUUGGCAGGCUGAGACGGGAGUAUCACCUGGAGUUUGAGAUUACCCUGAGCUCCAUAGUGAGUUUGAGGCCAGCCUGAAGUAAUAGCAAGGCCCCAUCUCAAAAAUCCAAACCAGGGCCAGGGAUUUAACUCAGUGGCAUAAACACCUGCCUGGCAAGCAUGAUAAGUCCGAUCCCUGGUACCAAAAAAAAAAAAAAACCCAAGCCAAAUUAUGUUACUAAAUUUUUUGGGAAUGUAUAUGUCUGUUAAUCUGCUAUUCCAGAAAAACUGGAAAUUUACUAUAUAUGUAUAACAGUUGUAUCAUACAAAAGCUUGUAUUUUAGAAUCUGCAACAACCAUGUGUUUAUUUCCUUAUCAUUUUUAUACUGCCUUACAUUUGUGUUAUGAACAGAAACAGCAAGUGUGAGGCUUGUUUUUGCCCUGUCUUUUUUUUUUUCCUCAUGGGAUAGUCUCACUGUGUAGCCCAGGCAGACUGUGAACUCAGGGCAAUCCUGUCUCAGCCUCCUCAGUGCUGGGAUUACAGUGUGUGGCAUCAUACCCGGCUUUGAAAUGAGUAUUUUUCUAAGAAGAAAUUCACAUAGUAUUUAGGGUCAGCCUUGUUGGAACUGCUAAAAUUAAAAGUUGUCUAUUAAAUCUCCUGGGAUAGGCCAAACCACAAAGAGAGAAAACUGAAGCCCAGAUUUCUGUAUUUCUGCUGCUUACUUGUCUGUGAAGUCUUCCUGACAAAAGUUGGUUUUGAGAUAAAUUUUAAUUUCUCUACUAUUUCUGCUCGUCCUAUUAUGUAUGUCUUUUUGUUUAAAAUAAUAAGUGUUUUGUGCCUGUCAUUAGAACGUACGGUUAAUUUUUCCUCUUAUUGUGGAGAGGAUAUGAGUGUGUUUCUCAGGCAGCAUCAAAGAUUCCACAUACUAAGAAUAUGAAAAAACAAUAAAAUAGAUUGAGUGUAUACUAUAUUUUAGAUAAAAGUUGCCUUUGUAAAAAUUAAAGAUUCUGUAUGACAAAAUUACCAUAAAGAAGAGCUGGAAUACCUGACAAACUUCAGGGAGAAAUAGUUGCCCUUCUCCCCAGAGAUCUAAUUCACUGACAGAUAGCGUGUGCCAGUUCAUUCUGAAAAAGAUGAGCAACUCAGUAAGGUAAUCAGGAAAGAUUGUAUCUCCAAGAACUAACAUUCUCAGGCUCUUCAAGUUGUGAAAGAUGCAUAAGAUCAUGUAUGUUUCCCAUCCAUUGCAAUAGUGAAGGUGAAGGGUUUGGUUUCGUUUGUGUGUGUGCUGUGUUUUUUAAUCUCUGCAAGAGUGGGGAAAUGACAUUCUUGUAUGUCACCUGUUCUGAGUACAAACUUGAAAAUCCUCCUGGAGGCAAACUGGUAAUCCUACCCCAGGAAUCCUUUGCACUGUCUACAUGUUUGUGCAGAAUGGCACACACAAAAUUCGGUCACAACAUUGUAAUAAUCAGGUUGUAAACCUGCUGUAGAUGAUAACCAGAGAGUGACGGUAUAGUAAAAUACUGUGCAGCUGUGUAAAAAUCUUGUAUGAAAAGACUAAGAGUGUUAAAUAAAAAAUAUAAGAAACCUAUAAAUGUGCAAUCAUUUGAGAAAUAUAAAUAUUCAUAAAAUGCCUCCUGCAGGGGGCUGGGGAUUUAGCUCAGCAGCAUAAGGGCCUGCCUAGCAAGCACAAGAUCAUGAGUUUGAUCCCCAGUACAAAACAAAGAAACUGCCAGGCAUGGUAACACAGGGAGGCUGAGGCAAAAAGGUCUCCUGAGUUCAAGGCCAGCCUGAACUACAUAGCAAGAUCAUGUCUCAAAAAAGGGAGAGGGUCUGGGGUAGUUCAGGGCACAGCACCUGCUUGGCAAGCACAAGGUCUUGAAUUUAAUUCCCAGUACAAUUCCCCUCACAAAAAGGGGGGGAAAUUUUACUUGAAAACAAAACCUUUCUCCCUUUGAGAUUGGGGUUCGCUCUGCAGUUCACUAGCCUUGAACUCACUGUGUAGUCCGGGCUGGCCUCAAACUCAUGGUGUUCCACAUGGGUUUGUAGCAAACCUACAGUCCUGCUGUGAACAAUGAAAAAAGGCAGAUGAAAAUUAAAUUGUUUAAAAAAUGAGGUACUGAAAUGAGGGCUGAAGAACUAAGACUAGAGACCCGAGACAUGCAGUUGGGGAAAAGGAAAAAAUGGUGAACCUGUGCUUGCAGCUGCCUUUUCUGUGGUUGCAUGAGUCAGUUGUAAGACUAAAAUGACUGCUGCCAGGUAAGGUGGCACGUACCUAUUAUGCCUAGCCCAGGAGGCUGAGGCAGGAGGAUCACUGGUUCAUUGCUGGCCUGGGCUACAUAGUGAAACUGUCUGAAAAAGAGAAAGUUGUUUAUGAAAAGAAACUACACUGGCAGCAUUCUUGUCCAUCUGAGACUGGAGUAACUUGCAUUCAUUUGUUUGUUUGUUUGGUUCUGCAGAAAAAACUUGACCUCAUACUUGCCAGGCAGGUGCUUAUGCUGCUGAGCUAAAUCCCCAGCUCUUAGAGUAGCUUUUAGAUCUGAGGGGCCUCAGUCAUAUGGUGGGUGUUCCCAUCGUGAUAGUUGUAGAAGUGUGAAAUUGCUUAACAGCUAAAGUGAGACUUGAGAACCCAAGGAACAGAGCCCUGAUAUGUUUAGUGCCAGUGCUGACGGUGUAAAAGUGAAAAUGCAGAAAUUCCCAGAAGGAACCCUGAUAAACGAGCAGGAUCUCAAUCAGACCUCUGUGAUGGUAUUAGAAUGCAGAUCAGAGUGGCCCUCAGGAGCUUUAUGAGUUUAGACCGGGGCGCUGUGCUGUUAGGGAGGGGGCUGUUGGAGGCAGUCCUUGGUGGAUGACCUGGAAGGGUGGUUUCUUGUGAUUCUGCACUCUUUUCUGCUUCCUGGCUACCACAGGGUGAGCAAUUUUCCUCUGCUGUGCCAUUUCUGCCUGGGAGCUGACCAACCAUGGACUGAACCCUUUUUAAGAACCAUGAACCAGAGCUGGGGAUUUAGCUCAGCAGCAUAAGUGCCUGUUGGCAAGCACAAGGUUGUGAGUUUGAUCCCUGGUUCCACAAAAAAAAAAAAAACAUGAACCAAAAUAAACCUUUAAAGGCCGGAGGAGUAGCUCAGUAGUAGAGCAUGUGCCAGGCAUGCAUGAGGCUCUGGGUCCAAUCCUCAGCACCACCAAGUGUUAGGGGCCAUGAGCCGCUCCCCAAAGAUGGCGCCCGCUUCCUGCUUCCUGGUUCUUGUUGGCCCGUGUUGCCGCGUAAUUAACCCGCCAAGAGUGAUCAUCUGCCUAGCAACAGUCGGUUGUGACCAAUUGCUAUCCGAGUUCCUGCUAUGCUGUGAUUGGCUGCUUCUCGCCAUAUAAACUCAUGUAUCUCCUCCCAGAGGGAGAGGAAGAAGAAGGCUUGAGGGCUUCGGACCUUGUUAGGUCUGGCUGAGCUGUACGCAAUAAAACUUUGAGAACCGA